CGCCUCCCGAAAGGGCUGAGCCGCUGAGCUGGCCGGUUCCACGAGUUUGACAGUUUGAGAGGAGGAGGACGAGGGCGCCACGGCAGCCAGCGCCGCCGUCCUCGCCGGUUCACCUCAUCUGCGUGGAAGGGGAAGGAGGCUCCGAGGGGAGUUUUGUUUCUCUCUUUCUCCGAGGGAGUUCUUGUCUCUUCCCGGCUGGAAAAAAAAGGCGCCUCAGGGGAAAGGGGAAAAAAGCGCCGGUCGCCGUCCUGAGGGAAAGUUGUCUCGGCCGCCUCAGCCGCAGUUGCGCCUUCUUCUUCCCUCUCCUCCCUUCCCGCUCCAAGUAGUUCCACCACCACCAUGUCUCGGGACCCAGAAGAGGUGAAUAAGUUGACGGAAAGCACCUAUAAAAAUGUUAUGGAACAGUUCAAUCCAGGACUGCGGAAUUUAAUAAACCUGGGGAAAAACUAUGAAAAAGCUGUUAAUGGUAUGAUUCUUGCUGGAAGAGCGUACUAUGAUGGAGUUGCUAAGAUAGGAGACAUUGCAGUUGCAUCACCUGUUUCUAAAGAAUUGGGGCAUGUUCUCAUAGAAAUUUCUAUUGCACAGAAGAAACUGAAUGACAGCUUAGAAGAAAGUUUCAAGAAAUUCCAUAAAGAGAUUAUAUCUGAGCUGGAGAAGAAGACUGAACUAGAUGUAAAAUACAUGAAUGCUACUUUGAAGAGAUACCAGAAUGAACAUAGAAGCAAAUUGGAUUCUUUGGAAAAAUCUCAGGCUGAACUGAAGAAAAUCCGAAGGAAAAGUCAAGGAGGAAGGAAUGCAACAAAAUAUGAGCAUAAAGAAACUGAGUAUUUGGAAACGGUGACUUCUCGACAGAGUGAUAUUCAAAGAUUUAUUGCUGAAGGUUGCAGAGAAGCUCUACUCGAAGAGAAAAAAAGAUUCUGUUUUCUGGUUGACAAGCACUGCAGUUUUGCUCAACACAUGAACUAUUACCAUGUAGAGUGCGCAGAGUUGCUUAACGCCAAGUUGCCUAACUGGCUAGAAACUUGCAGUGAUGCUACCAAAGUGCCAGAGAAAAUCAUAACCAUGAUAGAAGAGAUUAAGACGCCUGGCUCCACUCCAAUAUCAGGAACUCCUUUGCCUUCGCCAAUGAUAGAAAGAAGCAGUAUGCUUGGAAACAAUUAUGAUUCGCUUCAUAGAAGUUCCCCCAGAGUACCCCCUGCACCCACAGGCAGAGCCUAUACCAGUCCUUUAGUUGACAUGUUUAACAACCCGUCAAUGGCUCCAAAGACACCUUCAGAGAGAUUAAAUCAUUCAACAGAUCACGCAGAUGAUUCCAGUUUAUUACGAUCAACCUCUGUUGCUACAGGACUAAAUAUAAUGAAACGGCCAAAAGUUAAAACAAUAUUUCCCCACACCGCUGAGAGUAACAAGACUCUACUUAGUUUUGCACAGGGAGAUAUCAUCACACUACUUAUAUCUGAAGAAAGAGAUGGCUGGCUGUAUGGAGAACAUGAUGUGACUAAAGCAAAAGGAUGGUUUCCCUCAUCAUACACAAAGCCUCUGGAAGAACCAGUGGAGGAGGCAAUUCGUGUGCCAGUGCCAAGUUCUGCACCUAUCCGAAGCAUCAGCUCAGUAAACUUAGCAGAGAGAGGUACGGUUAUCCUUCCCCCACCAGAUUACUUGGUACCUGGACAAACAAGAGCAACUUCAGAAGCAAGGCUGGAAUCUUCGAAAAGUUCUACUCUAAAAACACCAGUAGCCAAACCAGAAAGUACCGCUCUUAAACCUGACAUGAAUGGCAUUAUAAAACCACCUUUCCUAAGUGGAGAAAAUCCGUUUGCUACCGUGAAACUCCGACCAACAGUAACAAAUGACCGAUCCGCGCCGAUACUUCGAUGAACAACAGUAACCCUUUUUUACCCUUCCUUGUUAAACACUGUCUUCAGCAAUAUGAUUUUCAAAUGCUAUCUGAAGUUGUUGUUUUUAAACAUUAUUUAAAUGUAAUUAAUGUGUACAGUAGCACUGGAAUGCUGACUUUUAAAAAAUAUUUUUGCUUCCUAUAUCGGUUAAUUAUUGAUGGGUUAAGAUGCUUGAGAAAUCUUUCCUUAUUACAGUGUGCCUUGUUUAGGAAGACAGAAUUGUCAAAAUAGGGAAGUGGUUUGAGUAAAAUGUAAUUACCAGCAUAAUUGAUCAUUUAUUGCUCUGUGCAAGUUGUAUUGAUAGUCCUAUGGGUAAGUUCCAAUUAUUAUUUAAGUUUGCUUGUACUGUUUACUUAGAUAUAUGAAUACGCUUAGCCGAUUUUUAAAUAGACAAGCCAUUUUAAGGAUUGCCUUAACAUAUGAUAGCAUACUACCAGUAUGUAAAGCAAUAGUCUUUGUUUCUGCUGGGUAAGAUAAAUGUCUUAGAAUACAUUAAGAAUAAAUAUUGAUCUUCUGAAUGUUCAGAGAAGUGUAAUAUCCUUAACAUGGUUUGCAAUAUGCCAAAGCACAAUAUUAUACUGUCUUCCUUUUAGCAAGAAUCUAUUGAAUAGGACUGAUUGAUACAAAUUCUUUCAGUGAUAAAUAACUACAAUUAGAAUUCUUGGCUAUUCCUUUGCUGUGUAGUCCCUUUUUCAGGAGCGUGACCCCCAGAGGUUGUCUCUAAAGACAGGUUGGUACAUACGUAAUGAAAUACAGCUCAUUACUGUAUAAAGAAUAACACUUCCAACGCUACAUAUAAAAAGCACAUGGAUAUAUUUACAUUUUACAUUAGCUUCAAGCCCAUGUCUUAGGAUGUGGCUAAGGGAAUUUUACAGAAAAUGCUCCACCAUUUUCAGAUGAAUAUAGAGACAUUCUUGUGUGUGCAUACAAGUAUUUAAGUGAGGUUGGGAGCACGGCCUGAGAGGCUGUUGUGGGUCAGGGAGUUGAACACACAGGGCCCAAGAAAUUCAGUCAUUAAAAUUUUUGGCAAGUGUUUGGCAUGGUAAAAAAAAUGAGGGUUAUCGAGCCUUAAGGUGAUCUUAAGUACUUAGCAGAUAUGUCUGCCCUCUCUCUGCUUCUAGAUCAUCUUGUAUUUACAUUUCAUCCCAGAUUGUUGAUAAUGUGGAGUAAACCACUAUUUUAAAAAGUGCAAGGUAGAAAAUGCAUUUGUAUAUAAUUGGAUGCAUUCUUGCACAUUCAGCAUUAUAGGUGCUUCUGAGCUUUACACAGAACUCUUCUUGUCAUGAUUCUGAUGAACAAUUCUGAAGACUGCAUGUUGUUUUGCAUGACAGUUGGUCAGUUAAAUACCUUGCCUGUUACAUAUACAAACUAUGGAACAAAUGCAGUUUUUAAGAUGGGGGCUCUUUUUUAACUCAAACCUAUGUUUUUAAUCAAUUAAGUUUAAUCAAAACUUAAAUAAAAAUCUCUGACAAUUUGUUAACAAGCUGGGAAGGGACACACACUAGAAGUCAUUGGGUUUUUUUAUUACCGUAAGUUUCAUCUUUGAAAAUAGCAUACCUAUAAGAAGCGGAAUGCUGUGCUGAGCACCUCUAAGUAAACGCACAUAACGUGAGCAGGACUUUAGAUGCAACAUGCUUAACUUUCCAUCAAUCUGCAAAGUUUGCUACUCUAAGAUACCAUUUCUUUGCUUCUUUAUGAUGAGCGCCGCAACCCCAGAGUCGGUCACGACUGGACCUAAUGGUCAGGGUCCCUUUACCUUUACCUUGAUUACUUACUGGCCUCUUCUACAAGCUUUUUGCAACCACAACAGACAGGGAAAGUGCCAAAACAACUGACCUGAACAAUAAAGGUAAAAAAAAAAUUCCUUCAGUAGCACCUUAAAGACCAACUAAAUUUUUAUUUUGGUAUGAGC